GUGUACGAAGAUGGAUAGAGUACUGGAAAGAUAUAUGGGAUGAGGGGGAGUAGAAUCUAUUGAGUAUGAAAUGCACAAAUUUAAACUAAAAUGGUUUGGACACAUGCACAUGAAGAGUUAAAAAUAUAUAGCUUCAAUGAAGAGUUGUGAGACGGUGGAGGCUGGUGGUGGGGAAUUUGAGGUCUCGAGGGAUUUGCUGCCGCUGUUUGCAAUGACGAACCUAUGGCCUCUCAGUUUAAGCUCCUUGAUCGGAUCAAAAUGUGCAGGAGUUCCAUUUUUACAUCUCCUUGGAUUCUUGAGGUCGUUGUGUGAUGACAUGUUGUGGAUGGCGGCACUUUGGCGACCUCACGAUGGCAGUUGACGGCAUCGAAUGGCAGUACGUAUGGCGACGACAAAUGGCCGUUCAUGUUACAAUAUAUGGUUGAUAAGAAUAUAAAUAAUAGACCUCCUUAUUA